AUGUCUGUUCCAUGUGUUCCAUCAUCAUUCCCAGCUCCUAACCUCCUCGGAGCCGAAUUCCUCGCCAUAGAAGCAGGCAUAGUAACAAACUACUCAACUUCAGUCCCAAAAGGAUGGCGCUUCUCCCAACCAUCAAUUAACGUGCAGAAUGCCACCUUUUGCAACGUAACAUUGACAUACACCCACCCCGGCCAAAACGACACCCUCAACGUCGAAGUAUGGCUUCCUCUUGCUGAAGACUGGAACGGCAGGUUUCAGGCCGUUGGGGGAGGCGGGUGGCAUGCUGGCCGGUUUCUGCUAAGUGAGAUGAGUAUGGCAGGGGCUGUUGCUGAUGGUUAUGCUACUGCGACUACGGAUUCUGGGGUGGGCGAUGCUUAUGAUCCGCUACCUUGGAGUUUUAUUAGUCCUGGGAAUAUUAAUCUGUAUGCGUUGCAGAAUCUUGGGCUUGUAUCGUUGGGUGAUGAGGCAAUUAUCGCUAAGGAUGUCAUUAACAGCUAUUACGGCAAACCACCUUCAUACUCUUACUGGAAUGGAUGUUCUCAAGGAGGUCGCCAAGGCGCAGUGCUCGCUCAGCAGUUCCCAACAGCCUACGAUGGGAUCAUCUCCGCCGCUCCAGGUAUACACUGGGCCGAGAUAUUUUUCAGCAAUGUCUGGCCCACGUUUUAUAUGGAAAUCACAAAGCAAUACCCUUGGCCCUGUGAGCUCAAUGAGCUUACGGUAAUUGCUACGUCAAUCUGUGAUCCUUUAGAUGGAGUCGAGGAUGGACUCAUCUCGGAUCCUGAGGGUUGUCGUGCUGCCUUUAAUCCCUUUGACCAUGCCGGAACUUCAUUCAAAUGCGUGGAAAACGGCUUUGUCGAUACAAUAAAGAUUACAAAAGCGGCUGCCGCUGUGGCAAACGCAGCAUACAAAGGACCAGUCUUCUCCAACGGCAAACCACUCUGGUACGGCUUCGAAAUCGGCUCAGAUCUCACAUACAUUGCACCAACAAACUGCACAAACACUGGAUGUGUCGCUACAGGACACGAAAUGAUCAAGAUUUGGCACGAUGCAUUUGACGUCACCAAAACUCCGCUUGACUUCUCCAACUUGACUCAUAAAGACUUUGACAACAUGUAUCGAAUGGCAAAGAGGACGUAUGCACAUUUUCUGGCUACGGAUGAGCUUGAUCUGUCCAAGUUUAGGGACGCUGGAGGAAAGAUGAUUACAUUUCACGGUUUGGCUGACCCUGUUAUCCCGGCCGAGACCUCUCUCGCCUAUUAUAAAGCUGUAUCAUCCUUCCUUGACGACACCCAAGACUUCUAUCGCUACUACCGCGCACCAGGUCUCAGUCACUGCUUAGGAGGCCCCGGUGGACAGCCGGAGCAACUUUUCGCGCAACUAAGAGAAUGGGUAGAGAACGGCAAGGCACCUGAGGAAUCACCCGUCCUCAUCACGACGCCAGACAACAAGACUCAGCAGCAGAUAUUGUGCAAUUUCCCUAAGACGGCUGUCCUGGAUCCUUCAUGUUCCGACGCCAACAGCACAGCGUGCUGGUCCUGCUCCGAUGAACAAACCCCUUUCAAACGGAAUGGCCAACAGAUACUAUACUAG